AUGUAUAGAAAUCGAUUUUUUGCCGACGAAAAUUCUUUGUCAAGUGGCGAAAGUAGCGAUGAUGAACAACAACAUACAAACAGUCCAAUAAAAAAACUUGAUAUAAAAUUAUAUAUUGAUAGCAGUGAUGAUGAAUUAAAUGUUAAACGUAUUUGUUGGAAUGAUAAACAAUGGUGUAGUACAUUCAAUAAACAAAAUUCCAAUAAUUUGAAUAUACUUCGUCAAAAAUUUCGUCGAUGUUUAAAACAAGAUUUUUUCGAAAAACAAAUAAAUGUUUAUCGUGAAAACCCAGACUAUGAUGAAGAUUCAACAACUGAUGAGGAUGAGAAUAUUGGUGAAAAUGUACUUUCGAUAAAAGAUAAACAAGAAAAUAAUAAUGAUGAUUUUUCUAAUCAAAGUGAUGAUGAAAUAAUCGAUGAUAGUUCAGCAUCAUCAUCUCAAAUUUAUGUCAAAUUUUUGAAAAAUCGAACAACAACUCAGAAUAAAGUUUCAAGAGGUAACAGAAAAAAACCAAAAAUUAAUAUUGAACAAGUGGUUAUAAUUGAUAAAAAUGAAGAAACUAAUGAAAAAUUAAUUGUUAAAAAAUUAAAUGAAAUUGUUUCUAUACGUGGUAAACGUGGAAUAAAUUAUCAAAAUCAAUUUGAUUGUUUAAAUACUUUUCGAGAACAUGUUAAAAAAUGUAAUUUAAAUAUUGAAAUUUAUAUGAAAAUUUUAUUAAUACAAAUUACAAUUAGUUUGGAUUAUCAUCAUAAAUGUUUAAAUUCUGGUUUAUGGAGAUGUAUACUUGAUGAUAUCGAAGAAUUAGUAAGAUUAUUAGCUGAAAAUCAAAAUCUAAAGGACGAAUCAAUGUUUAAUAUUCAUGAUGAAAUCAUGAACAUCAUUCUCAAAAUAGAUGCAGAAUUUAUUCGAAUUUUACAACAUAUUGAUGUUCAUAGUCAAGAUUAUCUUCAUAGAUUAAAAGAUGAACAGCGUAUUUGUUCAAUAGUUAAUCAAUUUAAAACUUAUUUAGAGUCAAAAUCACAAGAUUUAUGUACAAUUUAUAUGUGUAUGAUUGAACAUAUUUAUUAUAAAUAUGAUAGAACACCUGGUCAACCAUCAAUUGCAUUAAUGGAUCAACUUUGUAAAUAUAUUCGUGCUAAUGAUACAUCAAAUCGUAUACGUGUUCGAGCAAGUCUUUGUCAUAUUUAUCAUUUAGCAUUACAUGAUUAUUAUGAUAAAGCAUGCGAUUUAAUGAAAAUGUGUCGUAUUCAAGAUACAAUUAAUUCAUCAGAUAUUUCAAUACAGAUUUUAUAUAACCGAACAUUGGUUCAAUUAGGUUUAUGUGCUUUUCGUUUUGGUGCAAUUGAUGAAGUACAUCAAACAUUAGUUAAUAUGCGAUCAGGAAAUCAAAUAAAAGAAUUAUUAGGACAAAAUAUUCAUCUAAUGCAUAGACAAGAAAUAAAUAAUGAACAAUACUUAUUACCAUUUCAUAUGCAUAUUAAUAUAGAAUUAAUUGAAUGUAUUUAUUUAAUAUCAGCAAUGCUUAUGGAAAUGCCAUGUAUGACUUCGAAAUUUUCAUCAAAUCGAAGACGUUUAAUCAGUAAACAUUUUUAUAUAGUAAUGCGUCAAGCAGAAAAACAAUCUAUAUCAGGACCACCAGAAACAAUGCUUAAACAUAUUGUUGUUGCUAGUCAUGCAUUAAGUUUAGAUGAUUGGAAAGAAAUCGUCCAUCAAGAACAUUCAAUCAAAAACAUGUCCAUGUCGAUUGCUUCUUUUCUCAGUGUACAGCUGCUCGUUUCUCGUGUUACGUAUUCAGUAUAA